AUGGUUCCCUACAAGGCAAUACAAGCCUCCAACGCACUCAUCAACGAUGCGACGGCCCCACGCGUCGCCGUCUUCGUGGGCGGCACAUCAGGCAUCGGCCAAUACACCGUCAAAUCCCUGGUCGCUACGGGCGCGAGCAUGAGAAUCUACCUGGUUGGGCGCAAGAGUUCUGAAGAUCGCGCGCGCGCCUUCAUACACGAGUUGCGGGCAAUCAACGCCACAGCAGACGUCAUUUGGACAGAAGGCGAAGUCUCGCUCCUCGCGGAAACGAGGCGCAUCUGCGACAUCGUCAGGAGUCAAGAGUCGCACGUUGACUUGCUCUUCCUCACCACAGGCUAUGCACCAUUUGGCCCCCGCAGAGAAACCGCAGAAGGCUUGGAGGUCGCCCAGAGCUUGGAGUACUACACGCGCCUGCUGUUCAUUCAGCACCUGUUACCCCUCCUAAAGCAAGCAGAGGCCCCGCGCGUCGUCAGCGUCUUGGGCGGCGGCAUGGAGCGGGCGAGCGUUGACGUGGACGACCUCGGCCUGAAGAAGCCUGGCAAUUUCGGCGCCGUCAAGGCCCAGAUGCAGUACACGGCGAUGAACACGAUGGCUCUGGAGAGUUUGGCCAACGUGCAUCCCGCCGUGACAUUUAUUCACUCCUGGCCGGGGUGGGUCAACACGGGCAACGUACGAAGGGGCUCCGAGCCGAACUCGAUCGUCGCCUGGCUCAUCUGGCUUCUGCUUGAACCUCUGAUUGCGCUAUUCAGCUUCAGCGACGAGGAGUCGGGGCAGAGGCACCUGUUCGAAUGCACCAGCGCGGCCUUUGGCGGUCGCGGCGUGCGGUGGCAGGGCAAGCCGGGUGUCAACUCCCUGGGGAAGUCAGAAAAUGGCCUGUUCCUCGUCAACUACAAGUGCGACAGCACUCCGAAUGCCAGGGCCGUGCGUUUGUUGAGGGAGAGGGCGCAGACGAAGAUCUGGGACCACACCCAGGAGGUUCUCCAGCCAUACCUCAAUGUGCUCUAA